AUGCUGACAUUGCAGACGUCACACUCUUCAUCUAUUCCUGUCAGUUCUUAUUCCCCAGUCAACGACACAACGCAAGGGAAACAAGAUAUAAGUCUAAAAUCUCCUAGGCCUACACAGUUGCGCAACCUUUUGGAUAUAGGUGAUAAGUAUUUAGGAUUAAACAAGGUGCAGGACAAGUUGGGCGCCGUCCAAAUCAAUACGUACACAGAAUGCAAAACAGAGGAGGAAGUGACAUAA